AUGGAGGAAAUUAAGGAAGCUGUGUGGGAUUGUGAUGGGGAUAGAAGCCCGGGACCGGAUGGCUAUAACUUCCGGUUUAUUAAAUCUUUCUGGCACCUUAUGCACUUGGAUAUCAAAAAGAUAGUGUCAAAAAUUAUAUCGAAGAGGCUUAAGCACGUGUUGUCCAAGUUGAUUGAUGUGAAUCAAUUUGCUUUUCUGGGUGAGAGGAAUAUGAUGGAUAGUGUAUUGAUCGUCAAUGAAAUCGUAGAUGAGGCCAAGAGGAAGAAAAAACCGACGAUAAUCUUUAAGGUGGACUAUGAGAAGGCUUACGACUCGGUUAGAUGGGAUUUUCUUCUGUACAUGCUACGACGAAUGAAUUUUUGUGAUAAGUGGAUUAAGUGGAUAAGGGGUUGUUUGGAAUCUAAUUCCGUCUCCGUGCUAGUUAAUGGAAGCCCUGGUCCGGAAUUCAGAAUGUGUAAAGGGCUUCGGCAAGGUGACCCAUUAGCUCCUUUUCUCUUUCUAGUGGUGGCAGAAGGCCUCAAUGGCCUAUUUAAGAAGGCGGUCCAACUUGACAAAUUCACUUGUUUGCGGAUGACACCCUUUUCAUUGGUGAAGCAAUGA